GCGCUGUAAACCAGCCGGUACCGAAGAGGGCAAGAGGAAGCAGAGUGCAGCGGGAAGAAAAUGUCAUCCCGCUCAGACAGUGGUAGUGGGGAAGACUCAUUAGACCGGCUCCUGCCUGGCCCUCCUAUCACGGCCCCACGCAGGAAAAGCACAUCCCAGACUAAGACAGAGCCUCCCCUGCUUCGCACCGGCACACGCACCAUUUACACAGCCGGCAGACCCCCCUGGUACGAUGAGCAUGGUGCACAGUCCAAAGAGGCCUUCGUCAUCGGGUUGUGUGGGGGCAGUGCCUCAGGGAAGACCACAGUGGCCAAUAAGAUCAUCGAGGCUCUGGAUGUCCCCUGGGUAGUGCUGUUGUCCAUGGACUCCUUCUACAAGGUUCUGACCCCUGAGGAACAGACCCUGGCAGCCAGUAACGACUACAACUUUGACCACCCAGGGGCGUUUGACUUUGAGCUGCUGGUUGCCACCGUUAAGAGACUCAAACAGGGCAAGAGCGUGAAGAUCCCAGUGUAUGACUUCACUACACACGGCAGACAGAAAGACUGGAAAACUGUGUAUGGUGCCAGUGUGGUCAUCUUUGAGGGGAUCAUGUCCUUUGCAGACAAAGAGCUUUUAGAGCUCCUAGACAUGAAGAUCUUUGUGGACACUGACUCAGACAUCCGACUGGUACGUCGGCUGCGCAGGGACAUCACAGAGCGCGGACGGGACAUCGAGGGGGUCAUCAAGCAGUACAACAAGUUUGUGAAGCCUGCGUUUGAGCAGUACAUUGAACCCUACAUUCGGUUGGCAGACAUCGUUGUGCCACGAGGUGGUGGUAACAUGGUGGCCAUUGACCUGAUUGUCCAGCAUGUGCACAAGCAGAUGGAGGAGCGUGAGCUCAGUGUCAGGGCAGUCCUGGCCUCGGCCCAGAAGACUCAGCCCCUCCCCCAGACCCUCAGUGUGUUGGAGGGUACGCCCCAGGUUAAAGGCCUGCACACCAUCAUCAGGAAUCAGGAGACCAGUCGAGACGAGUUCAUCUUCUACUCCAAGAGGUUGAUGCGUCUCCUUAUUGAACAUGCUCUAACAUUCCUGCCCUCUCAGCCCUGCACGGUACAGACCCCACAGGGCCAGGAGUAUGAGGGGAAAAGUAGCUUCAGUGGAAAAGGGAUCACAGGUGUGUCUAUCCUGCGGGCAGGGGAGACCAUGGAGCCUGCUCUGAGGGCGGUGUGUAAGGACGUCCGCAUCGGCAAGAUCCUCAUCCAGACCAACCUGGACUCAGGAGAACCAGAGCUGCAUUACCUGCGUCUGCCCAAAGACAUCAGUGAGGACCAUGUCAUUCUAAUGGACAGCACUGUGUCUACAGGCGCUGCAGCCAUGAUGGCUGUACGGGUCCUAUUGGACCACGAGGUGCAGGAGGAGAACAUUGCGCUGGUCUCUCUGCUCAUGGCAGAGUUGGGAGUGCACUCGGUGGCCUAUGCAUUCCCCAAGGUCAAAAUCAUCACCACCGCUGUGGACAAGAGUGUUGAUGACUUCCUGCAAGUCAUUCCAGGGAUUGGGGACUUUGGAGACCGUUACUUUGGGACAGAUGGUGGAUCAUCAGGCUGGAGUGGCGAUGAGGAACAGGAGCGCCCCAAACAACAAACAUGAACGGGAUUCUGUGAAACACAAGGUUAAAGGCAAGCCUCGUGAAACCAGACUGUGACCUUGUGAGAUCAGGCUGGUUUAACAAGGCUAGUUAAGGGCAGGAUUGCCCGGCAACACCAGUCACAUUCCAUUUAGCUGCUAUAAAUAGACAACAAAUGGUUCUCUAUAAACAAGUCAAUAGUCAAAUGUAUGUACAGCAAGACAUUUUGUAUUCUAUUUUAUGGUACAUAUUAGAAGAUUUUAAUGGAGUGAUUAUUGUUCUAUUUAUACAGUUGGAUUGUUCAGUUCUGGACUGCUCAAGCAGAAAAUGUUUAUAUAUGGGGCUACAUGAAACUGAAUCAGUUUCAUCCCCUCUGAAGAGGAUGCUAUCUUGACAAUUGCGAUGCUAUCUUGGCAAUUUUAUAUUAAAUAUAACAUUGAAAGUUUGUGUUUUAUUAGGUAGUGAAGCUUCCUAACCUGUAGGGGGGAGCAUUGUUCAAUUUGAGUUGCUGUGUUGCCAUGUUGUGUGUGUGGCCCAGAUACUCAAACCACACUAGACAUCAUAUGAAGGUCUGCAAUUGGUCCAUUCCAUUCAUUUUAUUGAGUGAAAUUACAAAUCAUGUAUUGGAAAUUGCCCAUUAUUUUCAAGUAUUUGAAAAGGUAUUGAAAUUUGAAAGGUAUUGAGUUGAAAUGCUAUUGAAUCCUCUCCACCCUUGAUUGAGAGAACAGUCACUAGCAAUUAAUCGAGGAUGAUCUUCACCUGAACAAAGAGAUCAUGACAUGUCCUGAUGUUUGAUGCUAAAUACCAAAUAUUAGAUAUCUUUGUAUCUGUCUUACCCCAAUUAUUUAGGGUGUGACAUCCAUUAAUACGUUACGUUUAUUGUAGUCAUUUCUACCUAACAUAGUACACACAUGUAUGAAUGUAAUAUAUUGUAUCUCUGCCUCUAUGCUUGACAAGCAUAGCCUACAUUUAGAGUAAUGAGAGAGCACUGUUUUGGGGGAAUGUAUUUAUUUAUAAUCUCUAUUUCUCUGUGAUAGCCCUCACAUAGUAGGUGACUGUGAUCAUGGAUGUCAUGCAAUGCAUGUUGUAUUCUCCAAGACAGCACAAGACUCGCCUGCCCAUGUGACUACUGCCUCAAGGUUAACCUGUUACUAUGGAGACAAGCCCACCAAUGAAAAUUCAGCAGACGGGUUGCGAUGUUGACUGUAAGCUUUUUGUUUUAAGGGUGACCUAUUUUUUUGUACAGCUAGUCAGACGCAGACCCCUCUGUACACACACACACACACACACACACACACACAGACACACAUACACACACACACACACAAUAUUUUGACAUACCACCACAUUUGAACAUUUAUUUUUGGGAAAUGCAUGUGUUAUUAGAGUGUAAUUAUGGAAUAAAGUGAAUGGUAGAUUA